AUGCGAUUAGAUCCAAUUAAGAUUCCUGUGUUCAAUGGUGAUCCAGCGAAUUGGCUGCCUUUUAAGGAUUUGUUUGAGGCUCUGGUUCAUAAUCGUACAGAUCUGGAUUCUAGUUACAAAUUGAUCCAAGUUGAUGACUGCGAAAAGAUCUUCAACGACACAGUCACCCGCACUUCAGACGGUAGAUACCAGGUGCAAAUUUUAUUUCGGCCAGAUGCUCCUGCACUUGGCGAAUCUCAUCAAUCGGCAGUUCGCCAGUUUUUACAACUCGAGCGGCGUCUGAUGAACGACCCAUGUCUUCGUGAGCAGUACAUCACAUUUAUGCGAGAAUAUAUUGCUCUCGAUCAUAUGGAGGUUAGCAGAGAAACCUUCAUUGGCAAAGAAACUGGUUACUUCAUACCUCAUCAUGCUGUAACCACAAAAUUUCGCGUGGUUUUCAACGCUUCCGCGAAGACUUCUAAUGGGACAUCCUUAAACGAUACACAGUUUUCUGGACCUCAGUUACACGCAAAUAUUGUCGACAUUCUUAACCGUUUUCGCAAAUUCAACGUAGCAAUUACUGCAGACGUUAAGAAAAUGUUCCGACAAAUAUUGAUAGACACACGACAUCGUAAAUGGCAACGAAUACUUUGGCGUGAAUCACCAGAUGAACCUCUUCAAGUAUAUGAAUUGAAGACGGUAACUUAUGGAAUGGCUUGUAGCCCAUUCAACGCAAUACGCGCACUGCGUCAAUGUGCGAAUGACAAUUAUAAGGUCAUCUAUGACCCAAGCCGGGCUGCCGCAGCGCGUCAUAGCAUACUUUAUAAUUUCUACGUUGAUGACUAUUUGGAUAGCGUCGACAGCGACGAACUUGCCGUUACCCGAGCUCAAGACGUAGCAACGGUUUUUGAAACAAGGACAAUUAAUAUUGGGAAAGUGGAAUUCCAACUCUACACAUGUAUUAUCUACAAUAACCGUACAACAGCUUCCGCAUCGGAACUGGAGUUAGACAACUCAACGACAAAGAUUGUGGGUCGUAGUCAAAUCAUAGCACUCAAACCAUUCCUGGAUACUGACGGCAUACUGAGACGUGGUGACAUCGUUCUUAUACGUGGUGAAAAUCUACCACCAUCGGUUUGGCGUAUGGGACGUGUUAUUGACGUUCACCCGGGCAGUGAUGGCCUAGUACGUACCGUGACGAUAGAGUACAAUGCAAACCAGAGAUCAUCGGAUGGAAUUCCUAUUAAACAGCGGUGUCAGCGACCGGUGCAAAAAUUAUGCCGCAACGGUCCCGCAGAAGAAUUACUAAACCGCGAGGGUUCAGCCGGGCAGGAUGUUCAAGAUUUAAGUACAUUAGAAUGCAGUCCUGUACACAAUUAG